CCCCCCUUGCGGGUGCUCUCACUCUACUGAUCUUGGACUCACGCAGUAACCAGCGGAAAGACAAUAUUUUAUUUUAAAAGUUCGGUGGCUGUUUCAGUACGGAAGUUGAAUGAUAUUCAACGUGAGCUGACAACUGAACGAAGCUUCGUCUGGUUCACUCAUAAUACCCGCCCGUGCUGGCAGGAAAGCUGAAACGGGCAGAAUGAGAGUUAUUAUAGGUGGAGGUUCUGGGUUUGUGGGUCGAGAGCUAACCCGGUUGUUGCGCAAGAGAGGUCACGAGGUCACCAUAGUUUCCCGCCAGCCUGGCCCUGACAGGAUCACAUGGGAUGAUUUGGACGCCGACGGCCUCCCACCAUGUGAGGGCGCUGUUAAUCUGGCCGGAGAGAAUCUCAUGAACCCCCUGCGCUGGUGGAAUGAGAGUUAUAAGAAGGACCUGUUCUCCAGUCGCAUUGAUACGACCAGAACUCUGGCCCGGGCGAUAAGCUCCGCCCCCACGCCCCCCCGGUCGUGGGUCCUGGUCACUGGUGUGGCGUGCUACAAGCCAAGCCAGACGGCCCUGUACACGGAGGACAGCGAGUGGACGCCCUUUGACCUCUUGUCCCAGCUGGUGAAGGAGUGGGAGGAAGCGGGACGUCUCUCUGACGACGUCGCCGCGACGACCAGACAGGUGGUGAUCAGGCCAGGGGCGGUUUUGGGGCGGGACGGGGGAGCCAUGAAGCAGAUGCUGACCCCAUUCUGGCUGGGACUGGGGGGCACCUUGGGGUCGGGUCAGCAGCCUUUCCCCUGGAUCCACGUUUCGGACCUGGCGGGAAUAAUCGCCCACUCCCUGGAGGCCCCCCCUCCUGCCCCCCCCACGGCUGACGGUCCGGAGGUCCUGAACGGGGUGGCCCCCGCCCUCAACACAAACCGGGAGUUCACCGAGGCCCUGGGCCGGGCCCUGGGCCGCCCCACCCUGUUCCCCGUGCCCGGUUUCAUCAUGCGGGCGCUGAUGGGCGCCGAGCGGGCCGUCGUGCUCAUGGAGGGCCAGCGGGUGGCGCCCAAGAGGACUCUGGAGUCAGGGUACGAGUACCAGUACCCAGACCUGCGUGCCGCCCUGGGGGAGAUAGUUGGGAGAUGAUGCCCGCUACCUGGCCCGUGAUGGGUUCAACGCUGCUGUUAACUCCACCCACGACCCCGCCAAGACCCCGUCAACCCUUCCCACAAACACCUCAGUCCAACCCAAAUCCUGCUCAAACUCCCGACCAAGAUGCCAUCAACCCUUCUCACAAAUCCCUCAAUCCAUCUACAACGCCGCUGAAACCCGAACCAAGACUCCAUCAACCCUUCCCACAAACACCUCAGUCCAACUACAACCCCACUCAAACUCCCAACCAAGACUCCAUCAACCCUUCCCACAAACACCUCAAUCCAACCACAACCCCGCUGAAACCCAAACCAAGACUCCAUCAACCCUUCCCACAAACACCUCAGUCCAACUACAACCCCACUCAAACUCCCAACCAAGACUCCAUCAACCCUUCCCACAAACCCCUCACCACAACCACAAACGCCUCAAUCCCACCGACAACCGCCUUGGCUCCAUUAACCACAGCCUUGACCCUGCCCACAGCCCCACUGGCCCAUCCACAUCCACGCCCUCAACCCUGCCAACAACUCCGCUGACUCCACCCCAACACCACCUCCACAAUGACAUCUCCUGAACUCCACCACCGGCCCCUUGGUGGGGUUAGGUGUGACUGUGUUCUGCAUGGAGAUGCUUGACCUUGGUUCUGGAGCAGCCAAACCUUGGUUUUGCGGGUAGUUAGGCCGAAUCUGUGAAUCUGACAGUGUGUGCAGUAAACCAGGGCAUGUGAAGGUACCUAAUGUUGGUUGUCUGAUUUGAGUGUUGAUUCUGUCUGAUUAAUGCUGGAUGCCUGAUUAAAGUGCAUUUUAAAGACAUACUUGCCUGUAGCUACAGGCAGGAGAGAGCUGUUAUUCAUGCUGAGGGCUGCUAGAGAAUAAACCUACACACUACAGAAGGGUCUCAGCACAAAUUGCAGAUUUAAAAUUUCAGAAAAUAAAUGAUGAAAAAGUGCUGAAGUACGUAUGCAGAUGAGUAAAUGUAUAAAGGUGCAAAGGUGCUUUCUAUGCUGUGGCCUAGGAUCUAUAAACCACCAUUUCCAGGUUUCCAUCUAAGGAACAUCUGCCAUUCUUAGGAUGCAAAAUUUGAACACGUGGAACAUGAAUCACCACAAGUUGUGAGUGUUCAUUUUGCCUUCGCUAUCCAAUAAACAGUGUUUCCAACACGGUG